UGGGGAUCCGAAGGGCUUUUAUCGCAUCACAACCCCGCCGGAAGUAAAGAAGGGUCCAGCGUACAGGCCUCUAAAGAGCAACAUCACCAACUCCUACCUUUGGUGAGGUCUGCGCAACUCAGACAAUUGAGCGUCCGUCACAUCUUCUCAACUGUGUGGGAAGUCAUCCCGACAAGCUCAGCACCAAUAAACGUUCACGAUGGCUGACCGCGGACGUGGCUUCUCGCGAGGCGGGCGCGGCGCCUCCUCUAACUCGCGUGGCGGGCCGCCUGGAUCCUCUUCAUCAGGGCCAGGCGGCCGAGGUGGUGCCGGCGGAGCAGGGCGAGGUGGUGGUCGCGGUGGUGUUCCCGGACCAGAUCGUGGCGGCCGGGGAGGUGGACACGGCGGCCCAUCGGGGGAGCGAGCAAAAAAGGAGGCCAUCCUUGAUCUUGGAAAGUACAAAGACAAGAAGAUCCGAGUGAAGUUCACCGGUGGACGGGAAGUGAUUGGCGUCCUCAAGGGCUACGAUCAGCUGAUGAACAUGGUAUUAGAUGAAGUAGAGGAGGAAGUGCGACACCCGGAGACAGGUGAACUAACAGGCGAAAAGCGAGCGCUGGGCCUUGCAGUGCUUCGAGGUACUGCAUUGACGGUCAUCAAUCCGGCCGACGGGUUUGAGGAGAUUGAAAAUCCUUUCGCGCAUCCCGAGUAAGGCAUUGGCCUACGCAAGCGUUGACCGUGAAAGAAAAUAACACGCUUCGACUUAACCAAGAGCAAGCUUUGUAUCACUAGGUGCUUAUAGGUACAUUCAGACGGAC